CGUGAGCUCCUGUUCUCAGUUGUUUUUUUUUAAAUUCAUAUAAAGUAUAGUCAAUGCCAUGGCCAGCAACCCUGAGCUCAUUUUUACUGGAUUAUUGAUUUUCAUAUCACUGCAAUUGACAUUGUCUGUUUCAGAGGAAGAGCUCCAUGCCAGCUACUGGAACAAACAAGGGAGGCAGGCUAUUCAAACUGCCCUGAAUAUUGAGCCUAAUCUCAGCCAAGCCAAGAACCUCAUUCUCUUCCUCGGGGACGGUAUGGGGAUACCGACAGUGACUGCUGCGCGGAUCCUCAAAGGCCAGUUGGCAGGAAAAUCUGGGGAGGAGACCAGUCUAGUUAUGGAUACCUUCCCUCACCUGGCACUGUCUAAGACGUACAACGUGGACCAGCAGAUGCCAGACAGUGCUGGCACAGCCACUGCUUACUUAUGUGGUGUGAAGGCCAAUUACGGCACCCUAGGUGUCACUGCUGCCGUCCCAAGGUACAACUGUAGUGCUACUAAAGGGAAUGAAGUCACAUCUGUUCUGCACCGCGCCAAGAAAGCAGGAAAAUCAGUGGGAAUUGUCACUACAACCCGAGUGCAGCACGCCUCUCCGGGAGGAAACUAUGCCCACACUGCCGAUCGAGGCUGGUAUGCUGACUCUGACCUCACCUCUGAGGCUAUCAAAAGUGGCUGCCGUGACAUUGCUUACCAGCUGGUUCACAACACAGAGAUAAAUGUCAUUCUUGGUGGAGGUCGUCAGUACAUGUUUUCCAGAGACACUACAGACCCAGAGUAUCCAACUUUUAAAGGAGUCCGAAAGGAUGGACAAAAUCUUGUUAUGGAGUGGCUAAAGAACAAAAAGAACGCUAAAUAUGUUUGGAACAAAGCUGAGUUUGAUGCUGUGAGUCCUGCAAAUACAGACUUCCUGAUGGGUCUCUUUGAGCCCAAAGACUGCCGCUACGAGUUGGACCGUGAUCCGACCAUGGACCCUUCUCUUGAGGCGAUGGUGGAGAAGGCAAUUAAGAUUCUUAGCAAGAACCCAAAAGGAUUUUUCCUCUUUGUUGAAGGUGGGAGAAUUGACCAUGGUCACCAUGCAGGGAAGGCCAAAAGAGCUCUCUAUGAAGCUGUUGAGUUAGACAAGGCGAUUGGGCGAGCAGCUGAACUCACCAAUGAGUCGGACACCCUGUCUGUGGUCACUGCUGACCACUCCCAUGUCUUUGCCUUUGGAGGAUAUUCUGCCAGAGGAAACUCUGUUUUAGGGGUGUCUCGCUCACUAGCUGAUGACAAGAAGCACUUCACUACCACUGUGUAUGGAAAUGGACCAGGAUACCAGAUCAAUGGAACUCGCCCAGAUGUGAAUGGGACAAUUUCAUCGGGUAAUGAUUACCGUCAGCAGGCUCCUGUCCCUCUUGAUUCAGAAACCCACGGCAUAGAGGAUGUAGCCAUCUUUGCCAAAGGACCCAUGUCACACCUUUUCCACGGGGUGCAGGAGCAGAACUACAUUGCCCAUGUCAUGGCUUAUGCUGCCUGCCUGGAACCCUAUGAGAACUGUGAACUGACCAUGCCCAGCUACGCUGGAUCCAUCCACCCCAGCAUGCUGCUCCUCUUGAUGGGCCUCCUUCUCCUAUCCCUCUGCUCUGUCUGAGAUGGCAUUGCAGAUGAGAUGAGAUGAUUUGUUCUCACCUUAGAAUAACUAUGCUAUCGGACAUUUUGGUUGAAAAAUCAAUGAUUCUUUGCA